AUGGAUGAUCGCAGAGGUGCGUGGGCUGCUGAGGUCCCGCGACUCCGCCUUCAGAGCAGGCUACAAGCCAUCUGUAACAACACUUUGGAACGCAGGAAGCGUGAUGCACGUUGCAAACUUCCUCGCCCGCCUCUGACACAACUAUCGCCGCAAGGAAACAUCGCUAAAACCACUUCAUCAAACACUUGUAGAUUAAAAAUUAACCCCGACAAUGUAGCUGCCCAGCCAACUCUCGCCUUGUUCCAGUCUCCGCCGAUUCAGACCGUCCAUGUCGGAGAUCGAGCCAUCCUGAAUUGUAGCCGGGACCUCGGUGUGCUUCCUUAUAUACACUGGUAUAAACGGAGCGACCAAAGGCAUCUGCAGUUCGUUUCCAGGGUGGGCAAAUUCGAGGAAACGAAGGGGAGGUUCUCGGGGCAAGUAGACGAAAAAUCGGCCACUUACUCCCUGGUGAUUGAAAAAGUCCAGCAAAAUGAUUCCGGGAUCUACUUUUGCGUAGACCAGUUCCAUGGCGAUUUCGGCAAUGGAUCCAAACUAGUGGUCACAGCACAGUCUCCUACCAUAUUCUUGUUAGCGCCGCAAGAGGAUCAAAUUGCUGAAAAGCAACUGGUGACGUUGAUGUGUUUGGUGAGAGGCGUGUCUUCCCACUCCCUGCGCAUCCGCUGGAACGUAUCGGGAAAUACCACAGAAGGUCGCGUUGAUCCACCGAUAUUUGAUCCGGACGGAGGCUACAGCGUUAGAAGCCGCUUCCAGAUCCCGGCGGAAAGUUGGCAAAGCGGGACCGUCUGCUCUUGCGCCACUGGACAUCUGGUCAGUGACAGUGUCUCCGCUCAGAAAGGCAGCCUGCAGCUCCAGCUCUGUCAUGUGCUUUCAAUUGGCCUCGCAGCGACACUCGUGUUCCUUGCUGCAGGAGCGACCACUGUGGCCAUCAGGAAGUAUCGGAAGGAACACAAACCAGUAAAAGGAGAAACGGCAGAUAAAAGCACCACCACCCUGAGAAAGAAUCGAGAACGUGAUAUCUAUGCCCAGCUGGCGAUUGAUACCAACUAAUCUGGAAAGGCAGAGUGAAUAUUAUCUUCCGUGAACAACGACAGAUUUAGACCUUGUUUCGUAUGUGCGGAGCAAGAACUGAAAAGGAGUAGUAUGAUUAAAUGUUUUUGAAAUGUGUUAUUAACGGCACAAACGGAGCAAGUUACAGUUCGGGAGAAACAAACCGGACCCGCCGAGACGAAAACGUGCACACUCGAAAAAAAGUCCGUGCGCAGGAGGCGCAAUUGACUCACGGCGCAAUCAAUCGGUCGCAAGAGCAGUUGUCAUAUUUCCAGAUCUCUCCAUCCAAAGCCUCACUGGGAGCUCCCUCAGUCUCAGAGCAAUCGGAAAUAAUGAACAACAGUUAAUCUCCAGUCCCAUCCCUGAUUAUGUACA